AUGAUAGAUAUUACAUCAUUUAUACUCAUGUUGCAAGCAUCUAAUGGUGACACUGAAAUCGUCGACUAUUUUCAAUCGAAAUUUAAACUCAAAACAACAGAUUGGCAUAGGAGUAUCGAGUAUGCAGCAUGCAGAAAGCAGUUUGAUAUAGUUAGAUAUAUGGCUAGCUUUAUUCCUCACAGUAUUAUUCUAUCAGAGAAUACAGUGGCAGCUGUUGCAAAGCAUGGUGACGUAGCAAUGUUAGAAUGGUUAUUCACCAGGAAUCAAUCACAAACCAGUUCGUUUAAAAUGAUGGAUCUUGCAUCAAAACACAAUAGAUUGGAUAAUGUCAAAUGGCUUCAUGAGAAUCGAACUGAAGGAUGUUCAAAGGCAGCAAUGAUCUAUGCUUCAACCAAUGGAAACAUCCAAUUGGUCAAGUGGUUACACGAAAAUAGAACAGAAGGAUGUGAUCGAUCAGCGAUGAACAAUGCUUCAGCAAAUGGUCAUUUCGAAACGAUAGAAUGGUUAUCUCGAAAUAGAAGUGAAGGUUGUUCUGGGAGAGCAUUGAAUCAAGCAUCUUUAAACGGUCAUCUUUCAGUGGUUCAAUUCAUGUGUGCCAAUUAUAUCGAUAGUAUAAAAGAUCAACUUCAAGUAGCACUGCUCAAUGCCGCUAGCUUUGGACAUAUCAAUAUUGUAAAAAAUGAAAGUAUUCUACAAGAUAGAGAAACCAUCCAAGAUUCUCGAUGUCAUUAUACUUGUGAAGUACAAGCAGUUCGAAUUCGUCAAAUUUGCCCAAACGACCUCGAGGAAAUCAUCGAUCUUUGUUUGAAUGUAAAUAAGAUCAAAAUGAUUGGUCUCUACGAUGUCGUUGAACAGCUGUUAAUCGAAAGCAAAACUACGCUUAGAUUGGAUAUUAGACCUGUCGUUAAAAGUGGUGAUAUAGAUAUGCUCAAGUUGUUGAUAAAGUAUCAACAUAAAUAUGAUCAUGCAAAUAUAACGAUAAAAAAUAAAAAACUUGUAUACCGACCCAGCACAUUUCAUAUCAAUGCAAUUGCAGGAGCGUUAAGCUAUGGUGAUAUAGAUAUGGCAACCUACUUAUAUGAAGAACUCAAACUGAUCGAUACCAAUCCAAUUAAUCGACUUUUACAUUCUAUUGAAUCAUAUCGCUUCAUAUAUGAUAGAUUUCCAAAUUUAUUCACAAAAGAUAUGAUUGACAGUGUUGUUUCAAGUGGACAAUUGGAUUCUCUUAAGUUCAUUUUGGAAAAGAUUCAAAUUAAUGAAGCAACAAUUCAAAGAGCAUUUCAUUUGGCUUUGGAAUUUGGACAAUUUCCCACUUUAAAAUAUCUUGGUUCACUUCAGAGUCAGAAGAUCUGCUCCAAAAUUUCAUACAGAUAUGCCAACAAAAUGGGAUACUUCACUAUUCUUAACUAUCUUAAAAACAAUAAUUAUAAAAUUGUAUAA